UGCUUUAUUCCGAUUCUCAAGAAAUGACCUGAACGCCUCAUGAGCUGAAACGGUUUAAGUGAAACAGGGAGGAGCUGCUGGUUAUGGUCGUGGAUGUAAAGACAUAUUUCUGCACUUUGGUUUGAAUCGAAGCGUUGCCGUUGCUGAGCAGGAUGAUUGACGUACGAGCAUGGGCAGAGUAUGUCGUGGAGUGGGCUGCCAAGGACCCCUACGGUUUCCUCACCACCGUCAUACUGGCCCUGACCCCUCUGUUCAUCGCCAGCGCGCUGCUCUCCUGGAAGCUGGCCAAGAUGAUCGAGGCGCGGGACCGCGAACAGAAGAAGAAGCAGAAGCGCCAGGAGAACAUAAACAAGGCCAAAAGGAAGAAGGAAUGAGGCUGCCGAAGGGGGCGGGGCAUCAAGGAAACGGAACGAGCGGCCCUCCUCAGUCCAGAUAGCGACAUGUUCCGACCCUACCGUCAACACGGGGCUGGGCCGACUCGUGUCCAGGAGGAAGGGCGCUGGCCACAUGGACCUGACAGCGCUGCGGUGGACAGGACUGCCCAGAGGAGACUUGUCCCUGUGGGACUCUGGUCAGCAGGAGCCCACUGGUCUUCUCUUUCACCUUUUCUACGGAGAUCUCUCGUUUUAACCGUGCAGCUGUUGAAACGCCUCACAUUCCAUUAACAUCCCUGCUUCGCUGAAAUGAUCUGCUGAUGAUGAUGAUAAUGAUGAUGAUGAUACUCGUUACCAAAAUUCAAACUUUCUGAUCAAUAAAGCGUUUUCAUGGUUAAUAGAG